AUGGCUGCUACACUAUUACGCCCAGUUGAACCCCAGGCCAUGGCGCCGCCCGAUUCAGCCGCCACAACAGACUCUACGGAUGCUGCGAGUUUCCAUGAUCGCCACUUCUACUCGCAUAGCUUCUCAUCCCCACGCCAAUACCCUGCCGACAUCCCUCAUCCUAUCCUCGAGGAAGAAGCCGCAGAAUCGGGAAGCGAAUCCCCUAUCGAACCUGUUACUCCCGUUAGCAGCGGCCGUCAUUCCCAGGAUUUUACCAACGUCUCGCAGUUUGACCAAAAUCUCACCUUGACGCACUACAGCACUGCUCAAAAUCCGCCCACCUCCAAUCCUAAGAAAACCCCUCAGCCUCAGUUGCCUAUAGACCAGACAACCCCCCGGCAAACUCCCGCACGUGUGAUUCGUCGCGCCCGCACUAUUAUUGGUAACACAACUGCUCCUACCCUCGAACCUGCAACUCCAACGCCAAAGCAGUCCGAACCCGAACCCGACGCACCGCAAACCGGCACCCUCACUCGUCGCUCUACCCGUGGCUCUACCUCCAGUUUCAAGCGCACAAUGACGAAUCUCUUCCGCCGCUCGUCGUCCGCCAUUGAGCGCGACGCGCCAGUCUUCGACUCUAGCACGCCCAGUUCAACAGACAGCGUUUCACAUCGCAACCAGGCCCCGACCAGUGCCCCGCGCAGCAUCCCAGCCACAGAAUCCUACAAGACUCAGUCUACGGCGUCCAAUUCGCCUCCUACGCCUGGCUCGCCCUUGAUGAUGGCCCCCUCAAAUAGAAGCAAUAUUUUUGGCAAGUCGUUGCCUGGGCCCGAAGACUUCCAAAAGAAGAGCCGCGCCUCGACCGGCUUCACUCUGCGCGGUCGUGCUGUCAACUUCGUUUCGCGCGGCGGACGUAAUGGAAAGACUCCUCGUCGUGCUAGCAGCUUCGACCAUGGCGCGGGCGCGCCCGGGCUGCCCCCUCAACAGCACGCCGGAAAUAAGAUGUACCCUGCGGAGCGACAACCUUGGGCCCUUCCUCCUGAUGCAGGCACUGGUACCAAGGCUCGUCGCAUGAGCCUCAGUCUGCCUGAUGACUUUAUGAUUGAUACUGCUGAGCUUCUUGCGGAAUUCGAGUAUCAGCACAAGUUGCUUGGUCGUCACGGCAAGCACCUGGGCAAGGGCGCCGCCUCCAAGGUUACCCUUAUGGCCCGCAAAGGUUGCCCCAACGAGCUCUACGCUGUCAAGGAAUUCCGUGGCAAGUCCAAGAGCGAGAGCCAAGACGAGUAUGAAAAGAAAAUCAAGUCGGAGUUUAGCAUCGCUAAGAGCUUGCACCACCCCAACAUUGUCGAGACUAUUCGCCUCUGCACCGACCACGGCCGAUGGAACCACGUGAUGGAAUACUGCUCCGAGGGCGAUCUGUUUGGACUCGUCCAAAAGGGCUUCUUCAAGGGCGACGCAAAGCUGAAGGACCGCCUCUGCAUCUUCAAGCAGCUCGUCCAGGGCGUUGCUUACCUGCACGCCCACGGAAUCGCCCAUCGCGACAUUAAGCUCGAGAACCUGCUCAUUACCAAGGACAGCAAAAUCAAGAUUACCGACUUUGGUGUUUCCGAGGUAUUUACUGGUACACACCCUGGGCUUCGCGAAGCCCAUGGUCUGUGCGGCCAGAACAUGGGGGAUGUUCGUCUCUGCAACCCUGGCAUCUGCGGCAGUGAACCAUAUAUUGCACCCGAAGUUCUUGCCAAGAAGGGCACCUACGACCCGCGCGCACUCGAUGUCUGGGGUACCGGCAUUGUCAUGCUCUACCUCAAUUUUGGCGGCGCCAUCUGGUCACGCGCUGAGCCUGGCAACACGCAUUACGAUAAGCUCGUAAAAGGCUGGGAGCGCUGGUACAAUAGACAUCCCGACCCCGAAGCCGCCAUCACCGACACGGACUACCCCAAGUGCCUGGCCCUCGACGUCGGGGUCAACCCUCCUGCGCUGCGCCGCGUGCUGUUGCAAAUGCUCAACCCCGACCCCAGCAGGCGCAUUAGCAUUCACGAAGCGGCCAGCAACCGAUGGAUGAAGAACAUUGAAUGCUGCCAGGUCGAGUCUUAUGACGACCCAACCCUGUGCAUCGAUGCCACCAAGUCAAACUCGGCGAAUAACAGGAGGAUCUUUUGCCACAGCCACCUUCCUCCGAAGACGAUGGGUUCGCACUCGCUGGGCAAGAUGCCCGGCCAGCCCGGAUACUAA